AUGAUCCUCCCAAUUGUAUUUAUAUUUCUUAUUGGAGAUGUUCUUUGCGAUGGAUACUACCAGGUGGUGGGCCCGCGGGCAAUAAGGCCCAACAGCGAGUACCAUUGCGCGGUGAGCGUGCAAGCGACUUCCGAGCCGACCAGCGUGACGGCCGUCCUGAAGGGCAUAUCGCACGGAGGGGCGCCCUUCCUCGUCCAGGACCGGCUCGUCGUCCAGCCCUACGGAUCGGCCGUAUGCAGACUGCAGGUGGGAAAUUUGGAAGAUGGAGAAUACAGCCUAGAAAUCAGAGGGACUGGUGGCGUCGAUUUCAGUACAGAUUUCCCUAUGCAGUUUCUUCGGAAGAGCUACUCAAUUUUCAUACAGACCGACAGACAGGUAUACAAACCAGGAUCUACGAUUCUGUUUAGAGCCAUCAUACUGAAUUCCCAGUUGAAACCUGCUGCAGAAGUUAGAAACGAGUUACUACAAAUACACGUGUCGGAUGGAUCUGGCAACAGAGUGAAAGAAUGGAACAGAGUUGAGGCAAUAAGAGGAGUCUUCACGGGGGACAUUAAACUCAGCGAUAGCCCUGUUUUGGGUAACUGGAACAUAUCUGUCACGAUCCAUGGACAAACAUACAACAAAACCAUAGAGGUUGCCGAAUACAUUUACCCGAAAUUCAUUGUCGACAUCGAAACCAACGAACAUAUCACGUUCAAAGAAAACAUCAUUAGAGCUAAAAUUGACACAAGACACCAUUACGGAAAGAAAGUUCGAGGAGAAGCAACAGUCACCAUCUAUCCCACCAUAUACUCCGGAAUCAUCCAGCCGAUAUUCCAAAACCCUAUCAGAAAAGUCCUAGACAUAGAUGGUACUAUCAACGUAGAAUUCGACAUAGACAGAGAUCUGGGCCUCAAUGACGAAUACGAAAGGACAGUCAUCAUCGAUGUCACUGUGGAAGAAAAGCCAACAGGAAGGAGGCAGAACAACAGCGUCGAAGUUCACAUCCACAAGUACAAUCAUCAUAUGGAGCUGAUCAAGACUUCGGAUUAUUUCAAGCCUGGGUUGAAAUACACAGCAUAUGUUAAACUUACCAACCAUGAUGGUACACCAAUUAAAAGUGAGAGGUCGGAGGUAACAGUCAGGCAUGGUUAUUCAAGAAUGGACGAAGUUUAUGUAGAAACAAAGCAUGCCUUCGAUCAGAAUGGCCUCAUUAAGUUAGAGUACUAUCCACCGAGGAAUAUUGCUAAUACAUCUGCCCUACGACUAGAGGUCGAAUACAGGGAUCACAAAGAACGGAUGUCUCCCGUUCCAGCUGCCGUCUCAUACACCGGCAAUUUUCUGCAAGCUGUUCUAGAAACGGACCGACCCAUCGUCAACUUGGACGUGGACAUCCUGGUCAACUCCACCGAACCCAUGCGAUCCAUCAACUACGUCCUCAUGGGACGCGGAGACGUUCUGAUAACCAACUCCUUCCAAGUGGACAACAGCAACGAGUUCAGGUUCCAUUUCACCGCUACUCACGCCAUGGUGCCGGUCUGCCAUUUGAUAGUUUACUACGUCAGGUCAGACGGGGAGUUAGUAGGAGAUGCUCUCGAUAUAGAAAUCGAUGGACUACUACAGAAUUUUGUUGAUAUUCAAGUGAAUACUUUGGAAAGCGAGCCAGAUUUGGACGUGGAAUUCGUGGUGAGAGCUCAACAAAAUUCGUACAUUGGUUUAAUGGCAGUAGAUGAGAAUGUCGGGAUGCUCAGAAAGGGUUACGAUUUGACCAUGAAAGAGAUUGCAGAUGAGCUGAAACGCUACGACGUUGCCAGAGGUUCUCCUUAUCCGCAAUUCACUAAGAACUCCAAGGCACAAUUCGCUUGGUAUCCUGGUGCUAGUAAUCCCCAUACGGCUAUAUACGAAUCAGGUGCAGACUUAUUAACCAAUGCACAUGUAAACAGGCAUAAACCUACACUGGAGGACAUCUACCUUCGCCCGAUCUUCUACGGUUCCUCCACCAUCAAGCCGGACCGCGGCUACGGCCUCCAGGUCCACUCGGUCACCAGGCCGCCCCUGGCAGGCCCCUACGCCUUCAGCCGCAUCCCGCGCCCCGUCUGGAACGUGCCCAAGGUCUAUCCUGCCCGAGACGUCGCCCCCACCUGGCUGUUCGACAACUUCACGUCCGGCUACGAGGGGAAAGCAUCAGUGCGCAGGCGCCUACCCAACACCGUCAACGAUUGGUCCGUCACCGGGUUCUCCGUGGAUCCCCUGCACGGGCUGGGGCUGAUAACCGCUCCCAGGAGGCUGAAGGUGUCCAAGUCGUUCGUGGUGGACUUGGAUCUGCCGUAUUCGGUGCAGAGGGAUGAGAUUCUGGCUGUGCCAGUAGUGGUGCAGAAUAACAUGGACGAGGACAUCAACGUAGAGGUGACGUUGCAUAAUCCCGAGUGGAGGUUCGAGUUUGCUGAGGUUUCUAAUGAUCUCAAUUCCACGAGAAAGAAGGAACUUUAUAGGAGAAAGAGAGUGAAGGUACUGAAGAAUUCUGGUGCCUCAGUUUCUUUCAUGAUUACCACAGUGAAGAUGGGCUCAGUAGAUAUCAAAGUUACCGCAAGUAGUCCUAAGAAUCAGGAUAUGGUGACAAAAUCACUAUUGGUGACGGCCGGAGGGGAGACGGAAUACUACACCAAAUCGGUCUUGAUAGACCUAAGAACCGAGCAAAAUUUCAAAAAAUCGAUUAACUUCACUAUUCCACCCAACGCGAUACCCGAUUCGGAAAAAAUCGAUGCCUCAGUGGUAGGCAGCUUCCUAGGACCGGCCAUGAUCCACUUGGAGAACCUGAUGAGGCUACCGACCGGAUGCGGAGAACAGAAUUUGGCACGCUUCAUGCCGAAUCUGAUUAUCCUUCAGUAUUUGCGAGUCACGAGACAGUUGACACCGACUGUGCAGAACGAAGCAACAAGGAUUUUGGAGACGAGUUACCAAAAACAGUUGACUUACAAGCGAGCAGAUGGAUCGUUCAGUCCGUUUGGAUGGAGAGACACCAAUGGCAGUGUUUGGCUCACUUCCUAUGUCAUUAUGGCAUUCAGACAAGCGAAGCAAUUCAUUUAUGUUGAAGAAGAGGUUAUAGAAGAGGCACUGAACUGGUUAGUGGAAGUCCAAAACAAAAAUGGCAGUUUCUACGAGACUGGGAAUGUAAUAUACGCAGAAUUGCAAAGACGAGAUGGAGACAGUUUGGCACUAACAGCAUUCGUUACAAUGGCAUUACUCGAAAUGAAACAGCGUAACGACCCUGUGAUAACAAACACGAUCAACAAAGGCCUGGACUACAUAGCCCGAAACAUAGACGAACAAGACUCGAUCUACACUCUGGCCCUGUGCAGCUACACCCUACAACUAGCGGAGCACACUUCGAGGCAAAGCGCUUUCAAUCUGCUGGACGCCAAAUCCAAAACGAAAAACAACAUGAAAUGGUGGGCCAAAGAUACACCGGCCAACGAGAACAAGAACCCUUGGACGAAGCUGCCCAGGUCCGUCGACAUAGAAACCACCUCGUACGCCCUGCUGACCUUCAUAGAAGCCAACCUCCUCGAAGACACCACGCCGGUGCUGCAAUGGCUGCUCAACCAGCAGAACCACCUCGGCGGAUUCGCCUCCUCCCGGGACACCGUGGUAGGGCUGCACGCCCUGUACAGGCUUGUGACCCGACUGGCGGGCCCCACCAACAUCCAGAUCGAGUUCGAGGCAGGCCCCACCGGCGGAGGGAGGUUCAGCGUCAACAGGAAUAAUGUUAUGAUACAGCAGACUGCGGAGGUGGGUAAGGAUUCCAGAGAAGUCAACAUUACAGCACAGGGAACAGGUUUGGCAGUAUUCAAAGUUUCAUAUCAAUACAAUGUGAACGUGACAGGACCAUGGCCGUUGUUUACUUUGGAUCCCCAAGUAGACAAAAACUCCAAUAGUAAUCAUCUACAGAUAUCUAUCUGUGCAGCAUUUGUGAGUCGCAAUCUGACCGAGAAUCCAGAAAGCAACAUGGCCGUCAUGGAGGUCAGCCUUCCUUCGGGAUUCACCGCGGACAUAGAUGCUUUACCGAGCCUCGAGGUUUCACAGAACGUGCAAAAAGUCGAGAUGACCCACGGGUUGACGAAAGUCAUCCUCUAUUUCAACAACAUUUCCAGGACUGAGUUCUGCCCCACGAUAUCCGCAUUCAGAACGCAUAAAGUAGCGAAGCAAAGACCCGUGCCUGUAGUGAUCUAUGAUUAUUAUGAUAGUUCUAGAAGAGCACGAGUAUUUUAUAGAGCUCCAACUGUCACUUUAUGUGACAUCUGUGAGGAAGAAGACUGUGGAAAUAUCUGUAUAUCAGAAGUGAAUGCAAGAGAAAGUCGAGCAGAAGAUACAGAUUCAGAUGGAGGAACAGGAACUAUCCGGUUCACUCUGUGGGCAGUGCUUCUGACAGCACUUGUGACUGUAUUUUAUUAA